GAUAUCACACGGGUACGGACCUGUGACGCACAAAGAAAGAUGAUGAUAUAUGGGGAAGGCAACAUAGCAUAAUAAUAAUUACUAAAAAUGCUAUUUAUUUCCUUACAUUUUUUCAACACGUAACGGAUGCUCCUAAUGCUAAUUAGUAGUGGUUACGAAAGAUUAAGUACCUAUCUUGCCAAAAAAAUAUCCCUUUCGCCUUGUAUGUAGAAAAAAGAAAAGAAAAACAAAGUCCUCAUUUAGCUUAAAGGUAAAGGAAACAAAUAAAAUAAAAAGGGUAAGGCAAUACGUGGCUCAAAAAUAUCUAAAAAGUUGGUCUCUAUAUAAUGUGAGAGAUAUAUCACAAGAAGAAGAUAGAGUAAAGAAGAUAAAAAACACAAUUUGAAGCUUUUAUAAUAUUUUCUCAGAAACUUUCAAAGAGCUUAGAAAAAUGAGUACAGCUACUUUCGUUGAUAUUAUUAUCGCCAUCCUCUUGCCUCCACUCGGUGUCUUUCUCAGAUUUGGUUGCGGGGUUGAGUUUUGGAUAUGUUUGGUUUUGACGCUACUUGGGUAUAUUCCUGGGAUCAUAUACGCCAUUUAUGUCCUCACCAAAUGAUUUACCAUCUAUCAUCAUCUCCUUGAACAGCUGUUCCGUCGUGUUCUCCUAUCUUUGUGACUGAUUCAGCGUUUCUUUUUCUUUCAUCAGAGUUUUUAUGUUUCAAGUAAUUUAAUUAAUCAUCACUGUUGUGUUUGCAUUGUUAUAUAAAUGUUGUGUUGAUAUAAAAGAAGAGAGCGUUGGUUUGUACUUUGUGUGAAGAUUUUUUAAAAAUAUAGUUGGUUUAUUACAAUAAAUUGGAAAUUGUGUUGCCUUGGUGGAUCACAGGACCACCAUUAACCAUU